AUGGCUGAAGCACUCGCCUGCCAACCUCUUGACACCAUCAAAGUCCGAAUGCAGCUUUCCCGUUCGGGGAGGAUACCAGGGACGAAACCUCGAGGGUUCAUUGCCACUGGUGCACAGAUUGUUCAGCGAGAGACCCCUCUGGCGCUCUACAAAGGUCUGGGUGCCGUCCUUAGUGGUAUCAUACCCAAGAUGGCGAUCCGUUUUGCGUCCUUUGAGACUUACAAGGGUCUCCUUGCGGACCGUCAAACGGGGAAAACAAGUCUGGGAGGCAUUUUCCUUGCUGGUCUGGGCGCAGGCACGACCGAGGCCGUCCUCGUCGUUACGCCGAUGGAAGUUGUUAAAAUCAGAUUACAAGCCCAAUCCCACUCCCUCGCCGAUCCACUAGAAGUUCCGAAAUACAGAAAUGCUGCACAUGCAGUCUACCGUAUCGUUACCGAAGAAGGGGUGGGGACCCUGUACCGCGGGGUUAGUCUGACAGCUCUGCGACAAGCGACCAACCAAGGCGCCAAUUUCACCGCGUACCAGGAAAUCAAGAAACUCGUGCAUAGAUUGCAACCAGACAAGACUGAGUUACCGUCAUACCAACACAUGAUAAUCGGUCUUAUCAGUGGCGCUUGUGGACCCUUUUCGAAUGCGCCUAUUGACACCAUCAAAACUCGGUUGCAAAAAUCUGUCGCCAUUCCUGGGGAGUCGGCAUUGACGCGCAUAACGAAUAUCGCGACUGAUAUGUGGAAACAAGAAGGAUUCCGGUCGUUCUACAAAGGGAUUACGCCUCGUGUACUCCGUGUUGCACCAGGUCAAGCUAUCGUCUUUGCAGUGUACGAACGCAUGCGUGGGAUAAUCGAAUCUAUCAGAGGUUCUGACAUCGAGGAUCGCUAUUCUGAAUAA